AUGAUUGUCGUCCGGGGUAUUAAGACUCGUGAUGCCAAUGGCAAGCCGUACCUCCGGCAAGACAUCGACAAGUGGUACAUGGAGCAGAUGGCUGGCGACAGAAUCCAGCUCACUCUAUUUGUGGAAGCUCUGGCUCUGAUUCAGAGACGUGAUUUGGAUGACCUGAAGUCUUACUUCCGUCUGGCGGCCAUCCAUUCGGCUCCAUGGUGCGAAUGGGACGAUGUACCUCAAGCUCAGCGUGAGCCGGGCGAACGAGGAUAUUGUGUGCAUUCGAACUACACGUUUCCGACUUGGCAUCGAGUGUACAUGAUGCUCUAUGAGCGAACUCUGUAUGAAGCAAUGCUUGAAUGGAUUCACGAGGCUGUCCCAGAGAGCCAUAAAGAUAUCUGGAGAAAAGAAGCCGAUAAAUGGCGCCUCCCUUACUGGGACUUUGCUCGUUUUGCGGAUCGACCUCCAUCAACAGCUGGCCCUCUCCCGCAUGAUAUUGACCAUGACCAACUUAGACUGCCCAUCCUUUGUAUGAUGCCGAAUGUGCGGAUUACCUUGUUUACCAAGGACAGCGGCCCUAUUAUCGAAUCUCGACCCAAUCCUUUGUAUAAAUACAUAACCCCACAACUGAUGGGUGAAUUCCGUGACCCAUACAAGAUUAGGGGGGAAACUACUGAACCUGACCCUAACGAUAAAGUCCAGACCCCCAAAUUCACCCUUCAGUGGGAUAAAUGCAAUGCGACAACCAAGUACGGCCUGCUCGAUGGGUUCCAUGAGAGUAUCUGGGCAGAUGGAGGCCAGAACUGGCUUCGAGCUAACUACGCCCUCAACGAGCAUUCUAAUUUUGAAAAGCUUGGAGAGAAUCCAGUUCCUACACUGCAAGAUCUGGUGCACAGGUUGUUUCAGUAUGGCCUUGACUCGUGGGGGGCAUUUUCGUCCGUUCGCUAUACGAAGGAUUCAACCAAAGCCGAAUCUGCGUCGACAGGCAUUGAGACGUACAGCGAAGAGUUGGACGGCAACGUAAAGAAUGCUCUGAGCCUGGAUUUCAUUCACAACAAUGUCCAUAAUUUUGUGGGAGGUUCUCAAUUUCUCCGCCCACCGAAAGAAGGCAUCCAUCUCUGGGGUGCUGGCCAUAUGAGCAGUGUCGCUAUGGCUGCCUUUGACCCAAUCUUCUUCAUUUACCACAAUAACAUUGACCGCUUAACUGCCAUAUGGCAGAUCCUCAACUGGGAGAAGUGGUUUGACGACGACAAGAGCAAGCUUAUAAAGGACAAUGCACUGACCCCCUUCCACAAAGACGCAGACCGCAACUUUUGGAAGUCAGAUGAUGAGAUUCUGAAAGGCAUUGAGACCCUCUACGGAAAGCCGACGGAGAAUCUAUAUGGAUUGCUUCCUAAGCAUCAUGGCGACAGUGAAGACUAUGUUAUUACUGUGGUCUAUGACAAAUUUGCUUUGAAUGGUGCGCCGUACAAGAUCAAUCUUUUCUUGGACGGCACGCGCAACUUUGGUGGGCCUGAUUCAAAGGGCUUCAUUGCCAGUAUCUACAAUUUUAGUGGCUCCCUGGAAUCGUGUGCCUGUGGUAACUGUCAGCGGCAGAAGAAGGAUGGUGUCAAGUGCAUUGCGCAAGUGCCGGCAACCGUCCCAAUGCGCCGAUUUAUGGGGAAAACUGCAACUGCAGUGCAGACCACCAGGGAUAUAAGAGACGAACCAAAGCCCGUAUACCUAGCUGUGGACAGUUUGGGAACUCCCGUUCAAAUGGACAUUCACGUCGAGCUGCAUAAAUCCAGGAGAGAAUACUACAAAAAGCCUUUUCAGCCUGACCCAAACGAUCCUUUGGAGUAUAAUUUUCUUAAGCAUGGAAAGCAAGCCCCAGACUGGGCUUUCGCUUCGACGAGAUCAAGCGACCGACUAGAAGUCUACUUGAUAUCUAUUCCGGAAGCAAGAAAGGUCAAGAGUUGCCUUCAGGAGUUGGAAGUCAAGAAGCUUGGAACACAUGAAGGGUUAUGGCCAAACCUUACACCUGAACUGGGUAUAUAA